AUGCCAAUGGCUUCAAAGUCUCAAGGUCUCCCUCCACCAAGCACAAAUCAUGAAAGAUCAUGCUUUCGCACGAGCAUACGCAAUUUUAGCUCACAAUGGUUCCUCAUACCUCAGGGAACCACCAUUCUCGCCGCGGUCUUGCAGCAGCUCGACUACCGCUUCAACGGCCUCGCAACCAUCUCCUACGUCUUGUUAGUAAUGGCUAUGGUCCUUCUUCUGUGCAUGGUCAGCAUCUACCUGCUCCGCAUCGUCUUGUACCCACGAAAAGUCAUACAAGCGCUCAAACAUGACGAGUCCGAGCUUGCGGGGCUCUCGAGCGUCUCAAUCGCCUUCACGUCCAUCAUCCAGAUGGUCUCCCUUGCUCUCGUCCCAGCCUGGGGCGAGCGGUGGAGCAAGACCAUCUACGUUCUGUGGUGGAUCGCCUUCAGCUUUGCCGUGGCUAUCAGUAUCGUCCUCCCGUUCAUCACAGUUAAGAUCUAUCCCUCAGGUGUCUCACGCCUCUCUCCAGCGACGCAGCUCCCUCUCACCGCAGCGCUGACGGCAGCCGCCGCUGGCGGAGCUAUGUGCAACUCGGCCGCACUCGCCAGUGACCAGCAAGUGCCCGUCAUCAUCGUGUCGUAUUUGCUCAUUGGCAUGGCUCUGCCCCUGACGUUUGCUCUGGACGUGCUUUUCUGGGCGAGGUUACUGGGCAACUACCAGCCGCCGAAGAAGAAAGCGUUCCAGGACAUGAUCCUCUGCGGGCCGUGGGGACAGUCCAGCUUCGCGCUGCAGAUGCUGGGUAGAUCGGUCCUCAAGGGAAGUUUUGCUUCGUACGCGAGCGGCGUGUUCCUAACUGCGGACGCAGCGGCGCCCGUCGGGUACAGCAGCAUUUUUGCCGGACUUGCGGCCUGGGGUUUGGGGUUUACGGCCGAGACCGAUGCCGUACACGUUGGCCGCUUGGGCAUUGGUGUUUCCCUGGGUAAGAAGCCAGUGCAUGCAAAGAUGGCGAGUUUGUACUAA